GAAAAAGGAAAAGCGAAGUCUACAGCAGCCACUCAUACUGAGUGCGUGGCUUGCCUAGAGACCAAGCCUAACUUCGAUAUGCUGCGUCUCAAUUGUCAACCGACCCCUCAUGCGUACUGCCGCGAGUGCAUCCUAGAUCUCUUCGAGUCAUCCUUGACAGAUACAUCGCUCUUUCCUCCGCGCUGCUGUCGCAUUCCUAUUUCUUUGGUCGACUGUGAGCCUUUCUUCACGCGGGACUUCGUUGACCUCUUUAUCGAGAAGCGUAUUGAACUCAGCACCUCAGAUCCGACCUACUGCUCAAGCGUACCCUGUGGACAGUUUAUUCGUCCAGAAUUUUACAGCGGAGACAUUGCCACCUGCCCGAAGUGUCAGCAUGAAACCUGUAGAAUCUGCAAAAUGCGUGGUCACUAAGGUCUCUGCCCGGAAGGCCCUACGACCCAGCCGUUCAUGGAAACAGCCAACAGAAAGAUGUGGAUGCAGUGCCGAUCCUGUAAGCAUAUGGUUGAGCUAGAGACCGGCUGCUACCAUAUGACGUGCCGAUGCGGAGCGCAGUUCUGCUAUCUUUGUGGCUCUACAUGGAAGACAUGCUCUUGUCCUCAGUUCGAGGAACGAGGCCUUCUAGGUGACAUGCGGCAGCGUCGGUCCUCUGCGGCCCCUCUUAUCCGUCUCGCAACACCUGAUCUUCCCACACCAGAACGAGCUCCGUCGGUAGCAGUCUCCGGGCCUGAAGAUGCCGAAUGCGAACAUAAUUGGUAUCGUCGCUAUUCUAAACACGGCGCCAACACUACGUGCGAGUUAUGCGUGAACACAAACCGCCUCCGGUUCAUCAAUGAAUGCCGACUAUGCGACCGGCGUCUCUGUCUACGAUGCAUCAACAACCGUAUCUGAGGGCUCUGGUACAGACGCGCACCACCUUUCCGCCACCGACUUGUGGCUUCUUGACACCCUUUCAGAUUUCGAAACGGGGCCGAUUUGGGCGAAUGACGAUCGAUGAAAUCGUAGGGGUACCUCAAGUAUUGCUGAA